UAAAUUUUAUAUCAACCAAACAGCCUGUAAAGACAAAUUCUCCAGCCUUUCAAUGCAUUUAUAUAAAAACACUCCAUGCAAUUCCUCUGCAAAUCUUGCAGGAAUUCAACAUCAUUAUACACAGUGAUCUCAACCACAUUGGUUAAGUCCUUAGAAUUAUAUUGUACCCAUUGCACUAGAAUCAUAUUAUAUUGUAUCUAUUGCUGAUUUGUUAAAGCCUGUGAGUAAUGAAGAUCAAAGUGGGUGAGAUAAAAAUGGAGGCCACAAGCUUCCUGAAACACCUCUGGACAAUUCUGAAGAAAAAAUCAGACACCCUCAAAGACAAGGCAGAUGAAAUCAUGAAUACCCAAAUGCUUUUGCUCAAAUCUAUGAAAAAUGACAAUAUAUUGGGUUCAGUUUCCAACAGGAUCAAAUUCAAUUGGAGGCAUAGGUUCUCUGGGAAGUUCAAGCGCAGAGAUUCAGAGAAAAAAGAAGAUCUUAAUAACCCAUCAAUGGAAUUGCUUUGUGCUUCACCAGAUCGCCAAGAACUGGAGAGCUUAUCACAGAGGCUGUUUGGUGGUUCAGAUGCAUCUGGGAGCCCUAGAACUCCAGAAAUCAGGUCUGAAAAUGAGAUUGAUAGGAUUGCAGGGUCUUUCAUCAGAAGGUUCCAUAAUCAAAUCAAGCUGCAGAAGCAAGAUUCUUAUAAUGCUAUGCUUGCCAGGAGUGUUUAAUCUCAGAUAAUGUCUCUUCCUUAACCUUCCAUGUCUUAUGAUUAUGUUUUUAUGGUUUACUUGUUAAGAGUGGCUUUGUUUUGUAGUUUGGUUUUAAGGGUGUUUGAAAAGUGCAGCUUAUAUUUACAUGAAUUUGUGGGUUUGAUAUAAAAUCUUCCAAAUAUAUAUAUGAAUGCAUUAUGGAGGUGGUAAAUAUAAGGUUUUCAGUCGAAGAAGUUUCAGCCAUUUUAUGGGGUUGAUAUAAAAUCUUUCAAAUAUAUAUAUGAAUGCAUUAUGGAGGUGGUAAAUAUAAGGUUUUCAGUUGAAGAAGUUUCUGCGAUUUUAUGGGUUUGAUAUAAAAUCCUCCAAAUAUAUAUAUGAAUGCAUUAUGGAGGUGGUAAAUAUAAGGUUUUCAGUGGAAGAAGUUUCAGCGAUCUUGUGGGUUUGAUAUAAAAUCCUCCAAAUAUAUGUAUGAAUGCUUUAUGGAGGAGGUAAAUAUAAGGUUUUCAGUUGAAGAAAUUUCAGCUAAAGAUUCAUAUCUAAGUAUCUGAUAGCAAAACGAAUUUAUGGGUUUGAUAUAAAAUCCUCAAAAAAUAUAUGAAUGCUCUCGAGAGGAGGUAAAUAUAAGGCUCUUCAAUCGAAGACAUUUCAACUUAAGACUCAUGUUCUUAUAUUCAAUAGAUUUUGUAAAUUUAUAUAAAACCCUCCAUAUAUACUGUCUGAAAGAGGCUGCCAUUGUAAAGCUACAUUUGUACCUCAAACUUCUGUUAUAUACAGUUAAUAUUAUAUAUAAAUAAAUUAGUUGAUAUUAUAUGUAAA